CAAUAGGUACAACAUGAGUUGAUAAAGUUCAUUAGUAUUAGUUCAGUUUGUUAGUGGAACUCGCGGUGCGCCGCCGUUCGCUUGUGUAGUGAGGUUUUAUGACAAACAAGAUACCUAUUUCUACAACAAUUUGUAGUGUCAUUCACGUGGGCGCAAUGGAAUUAAUUACAACUCCUAUCAAGAGCCUAUCAGACGCCUUAGGCGUACAAUGGGCACCACGCGACCUGCCUAUGACGAGGCGCCUCCAGACCCUCGGCGCCAUCGGCUGGAUCAGCCUGGUACUAUUCGGGGAAGCCAUCGCCAUCUACCUGUUCUUGAAGCUGCUGUACUCGCAGUACUGGUGGGUCGGCAUCAUGUACGCCGUGUGGAUGUUGAGAGAUAUUGACACGCCGGCUAGAGGGGGACGCACGUUUGAAUGGGUCAGAAACUGGGCCUGGUGGCGUUACUAUCGCGACUACUUCCCUCUCAAGCUUGUUAAGACGGCGGACCUGGAUCCUUCCAGAAACUACCUCCUCGCGUGUUUCCCACACGGCGUUGUCUGCACCGGCGCCUUCGGGGCUUUCGCUACAAACGCCUUGGACUUCUACAAGAUAUUCCCUGGAAUGAGCUGCAAUAUGAUCACUUUGGGCGGCCAUUUUCUAAUACCGUUCUUCAGGGAUUUGAUUCUUGGGCUGGGCGCUUGCACAUCGUCAAGAGAAAGUUUGUUGUAUCUGCUGGAUAAGAAGAAGCAUAAAGGCAACUGUGUGGCAUUGAUCGUUGGAGGGGCUGCUGAGGCGUUGGACUCCCACCCUGGAGAGUACACUGUCAUCUUGAGCAGGAGGAAAGGAUUUAUCCGUAUCGCGAUGGCAUCAGGAGCGCCCCUCGUGCCAGUAUUCUCUUUCGGCGAGCCCGACGUGUUUCGGCCAUUGAAUAACCCUCAAGACAGCUGGCUGAGAUGGUUCCAGGAAGCGGUGCGGCGUUGGACUGGCAUUUCGCCCAUGUUCCCGGUGGGCCGCGGCGUGUUCCAAUACAACUUCGGCGUGGUGCCGCUCCGUGCACCCGUCACUACUGUCGUCGGCACCCCCAUGGAGGUCCAAAAGAACCUGGAACCCACCGACGCUGAAGUGGACGCAGUUCACGCGGAGUUCACACAGAGACUAGUGGAUCUCUUCGAAGCGGAGAAACACAAGUACUUGAAGAACUCGGAGAAUACGCAUCUGGUCAUUACGUAACGAGAAUAUUAAAUUUUACAAUCCAUCCUUGAGAAGCAGGGCAGGUUAUAGGUAUUAGGUACCUUCGUGAUAGGUAUGGUUUUUAAAUUUAUUUCUACUAAAAUAUAAGACUCGCCAAUAUUCGGAAAUUAUCAUAUUUUCAAGGUAAAACCAAAUUGAAAUUGGGUCUAUCAACUUUUUAUUUCGUUAGCUAAACCCGAUAAGAGAUAAUUGACCCAAUUAUGUACAUUUCCUCUAAAACACGUCCUGUGGAUUCUGGGAUCGCGAGUAGUUACAACAAUCAAAUUACAUAGUGUAUAAGGUAUAGCUCAACGGUAUUAGAUACUUUAUUCCAUAUGAAUAGACUGAUAAUUUAAAUUAAUAGUAAGUUAAUAUUGUCUUCGGUUACCGCGAUAGUUACUCAUGAAAUAAAACUAUGAAAACGGAUUAUAUCGCGUAUAUUGAAUUUAUAAUACAUCCCGACGUUUCGAACCCUUUACAGCGUUCGUGGUCAACGGGUGACUGAGGAAAAAUUACAAAGUGCAAAAGUACCCAC